AUGACUACAUUGGGACGAGACAUCGUAUUCGAUGAUUUUUUCCCUUCAAUGGUGGAAAAACUUGGAGCUGAGGGAUUCUUGAAAGAGCUAAGCAAUGGAUUUCGAAUGCUAAUGGAUGAGGAGAGGGAAGUCAUCACAUUUGAGAGUUUGAAAAAGAAUUCAAAAUUGUUGGGAUUGAAAGAUAUGAGAGAUGAUGAGGUUAUGUGCAUGUUGAGAGAAGGGGAUUUGGAUGGAGAUGGUUGUUUAAAUGAGAUGGAGUUUUGUGUAUUAAUGGUUCGUUUGAGUCCUGAUUUAAUGGACAUAUCAAGAAUUUGGUUGGAAGAAACUCUUGCCAAAUUGUAG